AUGCCGAGAGUGGCCGAGAAAUUGAUGGGCACCUUCGAGCCGAGGAGCCAGCAGAUCAGCCCGGUCGGCUCGAUCGCCUCCCCAACAUCAGAACAUGGACACCCUAGAAGGAUGACGAUCGUCGAGACGGAAGAUGGGAAUAUUGAGGUCAGCGAGGGAUUUGUCGACAUUAUUCAAGAAGCAAAUGUGGAUGGUGUUCGACAUUUGAAAGGGUCGAACGGGUGGAGUAGGGCCCUUUGGAUCAUCAUUAUCUUACUAUUCAUCGUGCUGGCCCUCUACCAAAUCUAUUCGCAGAUCUCAUUCUUCUGGAGCAACCCGGUGGCGACGGAUAUUGAGGCGGAGUAUCCAAAUAGUGUUCAACUGCCGGCGGUUGCGAUUUGUAACAAUAAUCAGUACAGGUUAACCUACAUCACAAAUGCCCGCCAUACCCGAAAGCCGACAAGCUAUAAAAAUUUGUUGACGGGCGGCGGGAACAGCUCGAUUUUCGAUCAGAUUCUGCAAAAUAUCUGGGACAAAGAUGCGGUCACGUUCUUCCGAAAAGCCGCCCACAUGAAAACGAAUAUGAUCCUAAAGUGCACAUGGCCGAACGGGACUGCUUGUUUACCUAGACAUUUUAAGCAGAUAUGGACGAUGAGCGGGAUAUGCUAUGUGAUUAACAGCGACCCGCACAAUCCGGUUAGGGUUAGCGGAAGUGGCUCUGGCCACGGCCUACAAUUACUCCUGAAUGUUGAAAGCUAUGAAAGAAUCGAAGCAUGUACACCUUACUUCAAGGCAAGAGCACAGGCAGGGUUAAAGAUCCUCAUCUAUAACCAGACCGAUAUCCCCGAAUCGACAAUGAAUGGUGUAAAUGUGCCACCGGGCUAUUCGAUGGAUAUUCCUUUCAAGAUGCAGCAUCGACACAAAAUCCCAUCCGCAAAAGCUUGUCUCGAGGAAACGGAGGAGAACAAGAGAGCGGCUGCUGAAGACUUUUUCAGCCCGGAUAAUAUAAGAACCUGCGCCAUCCGAAUCUACGUGCAGAAAAUUGAAAAGUUUUGCGACUGCACGAUUCGACACGCCUUUCCGCAAUCGCCGACAACGGUACCCUUCCGACGCUGCAACAUCGACGACUAUUUCGGAUGUGUGGAGCGCGCGAUUAGCAAGGUUCGAGAAAGCGGUGAUACAGCGAGUUGUCUGCCACCAUGUGAAAGCAUCGAUUAUACAGCCUGGCAGGACAUGAAUCGCCUUCCUACCAACAUCAUGCCCCCAGUAAUCGACGAAGAUGAGGAAGAAGAUGAACAAGAUGUCAUCGAGGAUGAGGAUGAAGAAAUUGAUAGGUUAGCCCAACAGAUCCGCUCACGUCCAGUGUCCAGCGAGAACAAGACCGAAUUCUUUGUGUGCGACGACGCUGAUCAAUUGUCGGAUAACAUCGUAAAAUCGAUUACGCGAGUGGCGAAGAACGCGUUCGAGAAGCAGUCCCGUUUUCAAGACGAUAUACACUUAAAGACAAAGCGGCUGAUUGCAAAGCUGUUGAUUGCGAAGAAUCGUCUAAUCUCAAACGAUUGGGGCUGGAAAAACGAGGAGUUCGUCUCGGUCUACCAGCGGUUGAACACCAGCUGCCCAUGCUUUAGCGCGCUCCGGGAAAAGCACUCGGAAGUUGUGAUCGCCCUGACGAAUCCGCCGGCAGCUGGUGAGGAGAACAAGGCUCAUCAACUGCAUAUGCUCCUCGACGAACGCGACAACCAACGACAACCCGAACGCUUCAAGGCUAUCGGCGACAUGAAGGCAGUAUAUGGGGAUAACGUUGAGACAAGCCUGAAACAAAUGGAGCUGGUAGCGGACUAUAUUGGAAAGCUGUGGGCGAUUUUUGUCGAGAAGAACUUUCACGUGAAUAUGAAUCAAGAGCUGGGACGUAUGGAUCGGAUUUUGGAGUUGAUGAACCAGUACGACCACGGAAAACUCCACCGCAAAACCUGGGCCGACAAGAUGCAGUCCCGCUCGAUGCGCCACUUUUUCGAGGAAGAAUUCUAUGACAACUGGUACCAACCCAUCCAUGCCGACCUCCAACAAAAAAUCCAAAAAGUGCUGAACGACGCCGAGCAGAACGAGUGGAAAAAGAUGGAGGAGGAGAUCAAGGAUGGGCAUGUUGAGAAGAUCGGCUCCGUGUUGUACUUUGGAAAGUUGAACUACCAGAACGCUACUAGAUUCCGAGAUUUUCUCGUCGAUCUGCGCAGCUGCUUGAACGGGGAAGUCAACGCCACCUCACUGGAGCUGCUCAACGGUUUCAAGAAGGGAUAUAAGGAGUUCCAGUCCGCCUACAACAACCUUUACAAAAAGGAGCUGCCCAGCUACCUGGAGAACUUCGAUUUCGACACGAAAUUCGAGAGCGACAAUUUUGCCAUGGUGAACAUCUACCUUUCGAAGAUGAACCUGGAGCGCUGGAGGCAGAAGAAGACGUACACCUUCUGGAGUUUGGCAUGUGAUAUUGGUGGUGCUCUCGGUCUGUUCCUCGGGGCUUCACUGUUGACCCUGAUCGAGUUGUUGUACCUCUGCUUCCACUACGGUUUUUGCCACGAAGGGGUCAGGAAGAUAAAGAGGAAUACGUGGGUCCGAAAGAUCACCAACGCUGGCCCGGCCACCCCGCCCUAUACAACACCCCGUUCCGGUCGAGCUUCCGGAGCUGGUCAGAAGAGCAAUGGCGAGACACCGAAACACAGCUCACUUUGGUCGAACCCGUUAGCCGAGCCGGAUCUGGAAUCCGGGCUGGCGUCGCCGAGAAAAUCGAUAGUAUGGUCUGAGGACUUAAAGGCCUCCCCGAAUUACCAUGACCACCCGCACUAUCACCACGACGAGACGGUGCCGCAUAGCAAGGAAUUUUCGGUGAUCCCGGAGGCAGAUGAAGAAGCGACCAGCCCGCGUUCCCCGUACGUAAAAUCGGUGUUCAACGACUGGCCCGAGUUUGAGCCGAUCGACCGGAAUACGACCGUAACCCAGACCACACCGGCUGGGCAGUUGAUUGAUCCGGACUUUGGAUCCCUCCAAGCUAGCACGAGCAGCGAGGACGAGACAACAACAGCUUCAUUAUCGAGGCCAACUCUCUUCCAUCCUCACCGCUUCUCAAAUGACCCAGCACCAGAAGCUGUGGCGCCUAUCGAAAGCCGUCCAAGCCUGGCUUCACCUGAAGCCGACCUGACGAGCCCAGAUUCGGGGCGGGACCCUGAUCAGACACCGAUACCCGGGAGAAAGCCCCCGGAAAGCAUCCUGUUCCUUAAUGAUUAUGGUCCACCGGACGCCCAUGAUGAUUACCCGGCAGUACACCGGACUCCAAAUUACGGGGACUUUGAUCGGUUCCAAGAUCCAUUAGAUGAUGAAGAGGAUGAAGAGGAGGGUGAUGAGGCUACACCAAUGUUGAGAGCUCCAGAUGAGUAUCGUGAUGCCAUCUCGGCUUCACCGGAGCUCGAGAGCUCCAUCUCCGAAAGCUUCCCCCACCUAUUUGCUAAGCCAAAA